AUGGCAGCGACUUGCCCUGAGAGUAUAGCGGCGGCACCUUUCCGGGGCCGUGGAGCCAUGGAGGACUCGGUGGAGAAGCUUCGAGAAGCGUUGCAGCAACAUGGGCAAGAAAUCCAACGGCUGGUGGCGCAGCAUGCUCAGCUGCAGCAACGACUCCAGGCUGUGGACUGCAAGCAAGCAAACAAGGCACAGGUGAUCUCGCCUGCGCAAUCGCCGCUGGAACUGGCCGAUGCGCGGGCGGAGCCUUUGUCAAAACGCUCUGGCCUUGCUUUGUGCCCUGCCAUCGCAGAGUUCGGGAACUUGGAGGAGCGACCAGAAAGAGAAGUCGCAGACUGCGCCGCGGUUCGCUCGCUGCAGCGUUGUUUGCGUCCUUGGGACUGCCUGAGCUCCAGUCUGCAAGCGCUGGGCUUCCGCGGCUGCGUGUCUUUGGCCCACAGCUGCCGGAGCUUGGCGGGGCUGGUGGGCGCUGCGGGCUUUGCCUUCCCCCGGUGGUUCCCGGGCCGCGUACUGGUUGUCGGCGGAGGCUCUGCGGAGCUUUUCGAUCCUGCGCAGGGCGCUUGGCGCGCGGUGUGUGGCCCAUCGUGCGGCUCGAAGCGGAGUGGUCAUGCGGCUGUGGCGUGCAGGGAUGGCCGGGUUUACGUCAUCGGCGGCCAGGACGGGGAUUCUGUCUUGGACUCUGUGGAGGAGUACGACAUUGACAGGAACUGCUGGCGAACAGCGCCAUCCCUGCAGUGGGCUCGCUGGGGUGCGGCUGCUGUAGAGCUCCAGCAUGAGGUCUACGUGAUCGGUGGCCACGCAGCCGACGGGACGUUGCACUGCGAGCGCCUCGCCAGGCUCCCGUCACUUUGGGCUACCGCCCCUCCGUUGAACCAAGCUCGGUGCCAAGCAGCUGCCGCAGUUCUCGGCGGCGACCUCUUCGUGAUAGGAGGCAGCGACGGUGCCCCUUGCACUGCAGAACGUUUGGAUGUGGAGGCAUCCCGGUGGACCAUCGAGCCACUGCCGCCGCAGGUGCCAGUGCGUGUGGCGGCCACAAUGGCCUGGAGCCAUAGUCAGGGCCUGGUGUCCAUUGGUGGCACAGCGCAGACACCCACAGCAGUGACACGGACAGAGUGUGGCAGGGGUGCUUUUUGGCGGGGUCGCCUGAGCCUUACUCUACAGGGCUUUGGGCAGGCCGGCUGGGUGCAGCUCCCAAGCUGGAGGAUACCCCGAUUCCAUCCAGCUACAGCGGUGUCUGACGAGGGCGAGAUCUAUAUCAUGGGUGGCCGCCACAACAAGGAGGCCUGCGCCUUUGCGGAAGUGUGGGCGCCAGAGGCGAAGUGUUGGCGAGCGGCCAGCUUCGCGAACGCUAGCGCUUUAGCUUGUGCCUGGGAAAACUACCAGCGCAAAGCCAAGCGGGUUGGGCACUGGUCCCCGCGUUCCAAGCUGGCCGUUGCUGAUGGCUUUGGAUUUCAGGAGGCCUUUUCAGAGUUGCCUAGCACCGGCAGCGCCAUUGCGCUCUAUGCGGCUCAUGACUCAAGCAUCGCCAUCAGCCUGGAUGGGCGGAUUCUGUGCGUCCUCGAGUUGGAGCGUUUGUUCGGGGUGCGCUACUUUUGGCCGCCCUUGGAGGCCUCUAGAGGCAUUUGGCUGCAAGCCCUCCAUGCAGUGCGGCAGCGCUGUUCAUGCGAGUCAUUGCCAGCAAGUUUUGACUACGGAGCAGUGGUCCUCUUUUCCGGGGACCCCUUCACAGACCGGCUCGAGUACAGUCGCCUGCCGCUGAUUGUCCAAGAGGUCUUUGCAGUGAGGCAGUGGCGUCUUGUCGACCACCAUGAAGCCCACGCCCGCAUGGGUUUCUACUCGUCGCCAUUCACCUCUGCAAUGGUGGUGAGCUACGACGGCGGCGGCAAUGAUGGUGUUUUCAACGUCUACCUGGGCCAAGGCAAAAGGCUCUUUCGUCUUGGCAAGCUGGGCGUCGACAUGGGUGUGAGAUACAAGACGCUGGGGGCCAUGAUGACUGAGAUCUCUACACGGCGAGUGGAUUGGGGCUGCAAGAACUUCAUCUCCAUGGCCGGAGAAGAUCUGUCCCCGAAAACACUCCUGGACAUGGGCAAGCUGGAUUUCUCCUUGAUCGACGACCUCACCUGGGCCGGGAAGCUCAUGGCUUACGCAGCCUUGGGCUCCAGCCAGGCGCACCUCGAGGAGCUGGUGGCCUGGUACUACCGCAGCCCAGAAGGCGCCCAUCGCAUGCCCGCCGGUCUGGUCCGCGCCUGUUGCGAGUCCUUGGAGGGUCAGCGGGCCGUGGCGGUGGCUGCGCAGGCGCAGUUCGAGUCCUACGCCCUCCACUUGGUGAGGGAGUUGUUGGGAGAGCUCAGCGACCUGGGCCUCUCUCAGCCUGAGGGGCUUGUGCUGACAGGUGGCUGUGCCCUCAACGUGCUGGCAAAUCAACGCAUCGAGGAUUUCUUGGAUGCCCUGGAGCAACCUAUGGCGCUCUAUGUGCCGGCGGCGCCCAAUGACUCGGGCCUCACAGUCGGGGGCGUUUGGUCCAUGGUUCCUCCACAGGGCCGGCAGGGCAGUCAGGCGCUGCAGUAUGUCGGGUUCAAGCUCUGGGAUGAGGAUGGCUUGGAGGCCGCAGCCGCUGCCUGGGGCGCGGUGCCUUUGUCGUCUGUGGGAGGGGUGGACUACUUGGCGCAGCUCCUGGUACGCCCAGAGCGGCCUGUGGUGGCGGUGGUGCGAGGCCGCCAGGAGUUUGGCCCCCGGGCUUUGGGGCACCGCUCGCUGCUGGCAGUGCCAGACUCCUUGGAGAUGAAGGACCGCAUGAACCGCCUCAAGGCGCGGCAGUGGUUCCGCCCCGUGGCGCCCAUGAUCGCGGAGGAGGCGCUGCCGGAGGUCUUCGGCAGACCCGCACGCUCCCCGUACAUGUCCAUGGCCCCGCGAGUGCGGGAAGAGGUGCUUGGGAAGUUCCCGGCCCUGGCACACCUGGAUGGCACUGCGCGGCACCAGUCCGUCAGCCAACAGGACGAGCCCUGGCUACACUCCUUGCUGACGGCAGUGGGGAAGCACAUAGGCCUGGCAGUGCUGCUCAACACCAGCUUCAACUCCAAGGGCAAACCCAUCGCCAACUCGGUGAAGGAGUGCCUGGAGAUGUUGACGCAGCUCGGGGACUUGGAUUUUGUGUUGAUUGAAGAUUGGCUCUUCGCCAAGCCCAGCUGAGUGAUGAUGUUUCACCUUAUGAGGGGCUUCAAGCGCGCGAGACACAUGGUCUCGUACGGCUCUCUCGCACGGAGCCAGGCCCGAGCAG